AUGACACCGGAUGAAUUUUCCAAAUUGCUGGCAAGGGAUGAGUAUCUAGUACUAGAUAUUCCUCCUGAGGAGUUCCAGAGCUUGGAAAAGUGUAUUGGAGUUAGAUCGUCUGUAUUUUAAGCUAUUAGAUCAAGAAAACAUUUGCUAAUUGCUCAUAGGUACACCUACCGCCCUUCGAUUGAAAAGUUGACAAUAAAAAUGUGUACUCCUAUGCAUGCAAUGGUUAUAUGUUGGGCAGGAGAAUUAAUUGCAGAGGGGGUAGCGCAACAAGCUUUUGACCGCGGAGAUCUUACACAAAUUUCUAAGGAGAGGAUGACCCGAUUCGUGGGUGAAUAUCAAGACAUGUAAGAGGAAUUCUGACCUGUUAAGGCGCCUUGCAAAUAUAGCUCACAUACUUUGGUAGCAUUAAAUCACCUGAUGUCGCACUCGUUCCUAGUGGACGCUACCGGCCAACAAUUGUUUUCGAGUUCGGGUAUGCCGAACCCUAUGGCCAGCUAAAAGCUGAGACAACCCUUCUAUUAGAGGGGACUCAAGGCUCGAUCACCAAAGUAGUAAUAAUCAAACUCGAUCCCCUGGCAGCUGGUGAGACCAAAAUUAAGAAAGGGUUUGUGGAAGUCUGGCAUUUGGUUGAUGGGAAAGUCAAACAGGAAGGUCGGAGAAAGGUAACUUGAUACGAUAUACAGAUUCAGAGUUUACAUUGAAGCUCACCUUGCUAAUACUAUUAUUAUAGAAGUUAUUUCCAGUGCCGGAGAGUCACGCACAACAGAUGCUCAAGUUCAGAUUGAGAGAUAUCCUCCGUAACAAGUUUUUUGAUCUUGUGAACCCGGGGUGGGGAAAAAGUGACACCCUUGAUCUCCACUUCGAUGGAUUGAGGAAGGUUAUCAUGGAAGCGACUGUGCGCCACCUUAUCAACAAAGGUGUGUUGCCGGUGCCGCAGGAGGAGGAUGAAGGCGAUGAAAAUGAAGGCGAGGGUAGAGGUGGAGAUGAAAGUGGAGGUGGAGGUGGAGGUGGAGGCACAGGAGAAGGUGGAGCUGAGGAGGCAGAGGAAUCGCAAGAGAUUCAGCAUCUAGAAUUGCCUAUUCUUCCUGUUCGGCUUAACACCAGUAGUGGGGAAACAAAGCCAGCCAGCAUGAUCACAAUGUAG